AUGUCCUCAGCAAGCCAUGUCGACUACAAUGCUUCCAUUCUGAUAGUAGGGGCAGGAACAGGAACAGGAACAGGAACAGGACCAGAAACAGGAACCUGGGGCUACUCAACAGCCUUGCAUCUCGCUCGACGAGGCUACAACAAUGUUACACCACACGCGAAGCAGAAGCAGCUCUUGGUAAUUUUUGAUAAAGACACUGCCACCGCGAUUCACCAACGCCUCUACCUACAGUCUACAGUCUACAGUCUACAGUCUACAUCACAUCACAUCACCUACGACAACCCCGGAUCCACGAUGAGAAAGCCGGCCUCCCUCCCUCUACUUCUUUUCUUCGCCCUCCUGAUCGCCCGCGUCGCAAGUCUCUGCGAGUGUGGCUACGGCUCCCUGAUCAAUGCGAGGGCUCAUACUCCCUCUGCGGUCGCCCCCCUCAGCCAUAUCGACACCGAUGCGAUUCCAUUCGUCUGGACAGACUUACUGGAGACCGAUUUCUUCCAUCUUGACAGCAUCGCUAGGGACACCGACUGGGACGUACAGAACUACAGCGUGACCGCUCAAGCUGCUCGAGGCCCUUUGGGCAUGCGAUUUCUUCUGGAUGAUGUAACUGUCAAUCGUAUUUCCGACAAUUACAACUACUCCGGCCCAGGAGAGGACGGUGGCGAUCCAGGCCUACAGAUGGCCGUUCAAGCUAGUGUAACUACAGAUGGAUUUACACAAUCUGCCCAGCUGAACUCGGUACGUGAGGACAUGCUCUGGGGCAGCUAUAGAGCCUUACUGAAGCUCCCAUCGGUUUCCGGCACCUGUUCGGCGUUCUUUUGGUAUUUCAACGACUCGCAAGAAAUUGAUAUGGAGAUACUCUCGAAUCAGUUCAACAAAAACAACAACACCUUCAUGAUCAACCUCGUCCACCAAUCUCCACAAUCCGCGUCCCAAGGAUUCAGUGUGAUCGGAAAGGACUACCAGAUGCCUACUCUGCCCUUCGAUCCCACCUCGGACUUUCACGAGUACCGAAUCGACUAUCUUCCCGACCAGAUCAUCUUCUACGGCGAUAGCCAAGUCAUUGGCGUAAUGAAUACUACGGUCGAUCCACAGCCAGGCCAUUUAAUCCUCACACACUGGUCAAAUGGAGACAAGGGAUGGUCAGGUGGUCCACCACUGGAGACAGCAGUGCUAUCGGUUGGAUACGUCAAAGCCUAUUUCAAUUCGUCUAAUCCUACUCGGCAAGCCGCCUAUGCCAUGCGCUGUUCAGAUCCGUCGGAGCCGGGUACAAUCUGUAAAAUUGAGGACUAUAGGACCUCUGUCAAUGUUACGAUUCCUGGGUCCAAUGAGACCUUCAGCAUUCCGACUGACCCAUUUUUCUUCUUCCAGAUGUUCAACACGACGACCGGCCAGAUUGUCUACCAAAGCAGUGCCAAUAUUGGUCCUGUUUGGUGGCAAUUUGGGUACAUGCAAGUUGGGUACACCAUCGUUGCUUUAUUUUUGUUCUCUGAGACCAAUAUGACUUCAGGCUCAAGCUGGAACUCGACAGUCGAAUCCAGCUCUGUAUAA